AUGAUUGAUAGAAUUGUGACAAGAGAUAUUGAAAAUACCGUGGAAGUCGAGGAGUUCGUGGUGAGAUCAAGAGCGUGGCAUUCGUGGGAAGAUACUCUUUCAGAGAAAGUCAAGGAGUUCGUGGUGAGAUCAAGAGCGUGGCAUUCGUGGGAAGAUACUCUUUCAGAGGAAAUCCAUGGUCGGAGAAGGGUUGAGAGGUUAUCAGAGGAAAUCCAUGGUCGGAGGAGGGUUGAGAGGUUAUCAGAGGAAAUCCAUGGUCGGAGGAGGGUUGAGAGGUUAUCAGAGGAAAUCCAUGGUCGGAGGAGGGUUGAGAGGUUAUCAGAGGAAAUCCAUGGUCAGAGGAGGGUUGAGAGGUUAUCAGAGGAAAUCCAUCGUCGGAGGGUUGAGAGGUUUUCAGAGGCAUGGGAAGAACUUUGGAGAAACGAAGAGCGGGAUUUUUCCCCUGUCCUGGAAAUUCUCAUGUCCCCUGUGUUUGAUGCUGCUGCUGCUCAACUUGACCCAAAUGUUACUCGGUAUUAUGGAGAUAAGAAAAUGGAAAAGGCUAUGGCUAUGGCUAUGGCUUGUCGCGUGCUGUGCUUGUGUGUCGAUGAGUUGACGAAAUUACUUGUUCCCGAGAUUGGUCGGGUUGCUGAUGCACUGGUUCCAUUUUUGAAAUGGGGUCAAGAUCCACCUGUUGAUGAUGCACUGAUUCGAUUUUGGCGACGGUAUCCGGAUCCACCUCUUGCUGAUGCUGUGCUUCUACCUCCGGAAUGUUAUUCUGCCAAAGCAAUUAGAAUGGCUGCUGCUUCAGCCAUGCCAAAGAUACUGAAUUCAGCUAGAGAAGUUGUAGAAAGCAGCGACCCAGAGGACUAUGAUCACGCUAUGCAAUACGUCGAGGAGUUAUCUGAUAGGGUCAUACGUGCUUUAAACGAAGCUUCAGAUGUGGAACCUGAUGAGGAUGUUCGUUAUGACAUAUUGGAUGCUUUGAAUGACUGCAUACAGUAG